GUCACCGGCUGGGGGGGCGCGCGAACCGGCGCGAGGGGAGCGCGAGCCGCAGUGAGUGUCCUCGCGCCGCCCGCCCGGCAGCCCGGCCGGCGCGCGCACGCCGCGAGCCGCUGGCGCCCGGGCUCCGCUCGACUCCCAUGCAACAGCCAGGAUGUGAAGCGGGGCAGAGCCGGGGGAGCCCAGCCCAGCCAGCCUCCAGAACGGGGACACGUCUUGCUGCGGCACGGGGAUUAAACGGUGUCACGUGGAUAAGCCCCCGACGGCCGGUUGCACGAACAGGGGCUCGGCGCCUGUGCCCUCCUACCCGUCAUCUCCAUGAGGAGGAGUUGGAAGGAGACGCUGCCCCGUCUGACGCUCGGCUCGGCUCCAGGCCUCUGUGUGAGGGACCGGGGGGGACCGUCCCCCUCCAGGGUGGAGGCCGGAGGCUGCAGGUAGCCGCCAAGCAUGGCGCCUGCCUGGGGCCCCAGCGUGGCAUCUGUGGUUGGUCCCAUGGGCCUCCUCGUGGUCCUGCUGGUCGGAGGCUGCGCAGCAGAAGAGCCCCCCAGGUUCAUCAAAGAACCCAAGGACCAGAUUGGUGUGUCGGGGGGUGUGGCCUCCUUCGUGUGUCAGGCCACAGGCGACCCCAAGCCACGGGUGACCUGGAACAAGAAGGGCAAGAAGGUCAAUUCACAGCGCUUUGAGACAAUCGAGUUUGACCAGAGUGCGGGGGCCGUGCUGAGGAUCCAGCCGCUGCGGACACCCCGAGAUGAGAAUGUGUACGAGUGUGUGGCCCAGAACUCCGCCGGGGAGGUCACGGUCCAUGCCAAGCUCACUGUCCUCCGAGAGGACCAGCUGCCCCCCGGCUUCCCCAACAUUGACAUGGGCCCCCAGCUGAAAGUGGUGGAGCGGACGCGGACGGCUACCAUGCUCUGCGCUGCCAGCGGCAACCCCGACCCCGAGAUCACCUGGUUCAAGGACUUCUUGCCUGUGGACCCCAGUGCCAGCAACGGGCGCAUAAAGCAGCUGCGGUCAGGGGCCCUGCAGAUUGAGAGCAGCGAGGAGACCGACCAAGGCAAAUACGAGUGCGUGGCUACCAACAGUGCCGGUGUGCGCUAUUCCUCACCUGCCAACCUCUACGUGCGAGUCCGCCGCGUGGCUCCGCGAUUCUCCAUCUUGCCCAUGAGCCACGAGAUCAUGCCAGGUGGCAACGUGAACAUUACCUGCGUGGCCGUGGGCUCACCCAUGCCAUAUGUCAAGUGGAUGCAGGGGGCCGAAGACCUGACGCCUGAAGACGACAUGCCCGUGGGUCGGAAUGUGCUGGAACUCACAGAUGUCAAGGACUCCGCCAACUACACGUGUGUGGCCAUGUCCAGCCUGGGCGUCAUCGAGGCCGUGGCCCAGAUCACAGUGAAAUCUCUCCCCAAAGCCCCGGGCACUCCCGUGGUGACAGAGAACACAGCCACCAGCAUCACCAUCACGUGGGACUCAGGCAACCCAGACCCUGUGUCCUACUACGUCAUCGAAUACAAAUCCAAGAGCCAGGACGGGCCGUACCAGAUCAAAGAGGACAUCACCACGACACGUUACAGCAUCGGUGGCCUGAGCCCCAACUCGGAGUAUGAGAUCUGGGUGUCCGCUGUCAACUCCAUCGGCCAGGGGCCCCCCAGUGAGUCAGUGGUCACCCGCACAGGCGAGCAGGCCCCAGCUAGCGCCCCACGUAACGUGCAGGCCCGCAUGCUCAGCGCCACCACCAUGAUCAUCCAGUGGGAGGAGCCCGUGGAGCCCAACGGCCUGAUCCGGGGCUACCGCAUCUACUACACCAUGGAACCCGAGCACCCCGUGGGCAACUGGCAGAAGCACAACGUGGAUGACAGCCUGCUGACCACCGUGGGCAGCCUGCUGGAGGACGAGACGUACACCGUGCGCGUGCUGGCCUUCACCUCCGUGGGCGACGGGCCCCUCUCGGACCCCAUCCAGGUCAAGACGCAGCAGGGAGUGCCUGGCCAGCCCAUGAACUUCAGGGCCGAGGCCAAGUCCGAGACGAGCAUCGGGCUCUCGUGGAGCCCCUCGCGGCAGGAGAGCAUCAUCAAGUACGAGCUCCUGUUCCGGGAGGGCGACCACGGCCGAGAGGUGGGGAGGACCUUCGACCCGGCCACGGCGUUCGUGGUGGACGACCUCAAGCCCAACACGGAGUACGCCUUCCGCCUGGCGGCGCGCUCCUCGCAGGGCCUGGGCGCCUUCACCUCGGUGGUGCGGCAGCGCACACUGCAGUCCAAACCGUCAGCCCCCCCUCAAGACGUUAAAUGUGUCAGCACGCGCUCCACGGCCAUUUUGGUAAGUUGGCGCCCACCGCCGCCGGAAACGCACAACGGGGCCCUGGUGAGCUAUAGCGUCCGCUACCGACCGCUGGGCUCGGACGAUCCGCAACCCAAGGAGGUGAACGGCAUCCCCCCGACCACCACCCAGAUCCUGCUGGAGGCCUUGGACAAGUGGACCGAGUACCGCAUCACGACUGUCGCUCACACAGAGGUGGGACCAGGGCCCGAGAGCUCGCCCGUGGUCAUCCGCACCGACGAGGACGUGCCCAGCGCGCCGCCGCGGAAGGUGGAGGCGGAGGCGCUCAACGCCACGGCCAUCCGCGUGCUGUGGCGCUCGCCUGCGCCCGGCCGGCAGCACGGCCAGAUCCGCGGCUACCAGGUCCACUACGUCCGCAUGGAGGGCGCCGAGGCCCGCGGGCCGCCGCGCAUCAAGGACAUCAUGCUGGCCGACGCCCAGGAGAUGGUCAUCACAAACCUGCAGCCCGAGACCGCCUACUCCAUCACGGUAGCCGCCUACACCAUGAAGGGCGACGGUGCUCGCAGCAAACCCAAGGUGGUGGUGACCAAGGGAGCAGUGCUGGGCCGCCCCACCCUGUCGGUGCAGCAGACCCCCGAGGGCAGCCUGCUGGCACACUGGGAGCCCCCAGCCAGCACCGCCGAGGACCAGGUGCUGGGCUACCGCCUGCAGUUCGGCCGGGAGGACUCGCCCCUGGCCACGCUGGAGUUCCCACCCACCGAGGACCACUACACAGCCUUGGGUGUGCACAAGGGGGCCACGUACGUGUUUCGGCUGGCGGCCCGGAGCCGAGGAGGCCUGGGCGAGGAGGCGGCUGAGGUCCUGAGCAUCCCCGAGGACACUCCCCGCGGCCACCCGCAGAUCCUCGAGGCGGCCGGCAACGCCUCGGCUGGCACCGUCCUGCUACGCUGGCUGCCGCCCGUGCCCGCCGAGCGCAAUGGGGCCAUCGUCAAGUACACGGUGGCCGUGCGGGAGGCCGGAGCCCUGGGCCCCGCCCGAGAGACCGAGCUGCCAGCGGCGGCCGAGCCGGGCGCCGAGAACGUGCUCACGCUGCAGGGCCUCAAGCCCGACACGGCCUAUGACCUCCAAGUGCGGGCCCACACGCGCCAGGGCCCUGGCCCCUACAGCCCCCCCGUCCGCUACCGGACGUUCCUGCGGGACCAAGUCUCACCCAAGAACUUCAAGGUGAAGAUGAUCAUGAAGACGUCCGUCCUGCUCAGCUGGGAAUUUCCUGACAACUACAACUCACCCACACCCUACAAGAUCCAGUACAAUGGGCUCACACUGGACGUGGACGGCCGCACCACGAAGAAGCUCAUCACGCACCUGAGGCCCAACACCUUCUACAACUUCGUGUUGACCAACCGAGGCAGCAGCCUGGGCGGCCUUCAGCAGACGGUCACGGCCUGGACCGCCUUCAACCUGCUAAGUGCCAAGCCCAGCGUGGCCCCCAAGCCCGACUCCGACGGCUUCAUCCUGGUGUAUCUGCCCGACGGCCAGAGCCCCGUGCCCGUCCAGAACUACUUCAUCGUGAUGGUGCCGCUGCGCAAGUCCCGUGGUGGCCAGUUCCUGACCCCGCUGGGCAGCCCGGAAGACAUGGAUCUAGAGGAGCUGAUCCAGGAUAUCGCCCGGCUGCAGAGGCGCAGCCUGAGGCACUCGCGCCAGCUGGAGGCGCCCCGCCCCUACAUCGCGGCUCGCUUCUCCAUGCUGCCCCCCACCUUCCACCCCGGCGACCAGAAGCAGUACGGCGGGUUUGACAACAGGGGCUUGGAGCCCGGCCACCGCUACGUCCUGUUCGUGCUGGCGGUGCUGCAGAAGAGCGAGCCCACGUUUGCGGCCAGCCCGUUCUCGGACCCCUUCCAGCUGGACAACCCAGACCCCCAGCCCAUCGUGGACGGCGAGGAGGGGCUCAUCUGGGUGAUCGGGCCCGUGCUGGCGGUGGUCUUCAUCAUCUGCAUCGUCAUUGCCAUCUUGCUCUACAAGAACAAGCCUGACAGUAAACGCAAGGACUCGGAGCCCCGCACCAAAUGCCUCCUGAACAACGCUGACCUCGCCCCCCACCACCCCAAGGACCCCGUGGAAAUGAGGCGCAUUAACUUCCAGACACCAGAUUCAGGCCUCAGCAGCCCCCUCAGAGAGCCGGGGUUUCACUUUGAAAGCAUGCUGAGCCACCCCCCGAUCCCCAUCGCAGACAUGGCCGAGCACACGGAACGCCUCAAGGCCAAUGACAGCCUCAAGCUCUCCCAGGAGUACGAGUCCAUCGAUCCGGGCCAGCAGUUCACGUGGGAGCAUUCCAACCUGGAGGUGAACAAGCCCAAGAACCGCUACGCCAACGUCAUCGCGUAUGACCACUCCCGCGUCAUCCUCCAGCCCAUCGAAGGCAUCGUGGGCAGCGAUUACAUCAACGCCAACUACGUGGACGGCUACCGGCGGCAGAAUGCCUACAUCGCCACGCAGGGGCCGCUGCCGGAGACCUUCGGCGACUUCUGGAGAAUGGUGUGGGAGCAGCGGUCGGCUACCAUCGUCAUGAUGACGCGGCUGGAGGAGAAAUCACGGAUCAAGUGCGAUCAGUACUGGCCCAACAGGGGCAUGGAAAGCUAUGGCUUCAUCCAGGUCACACUGCUGGACACCAUCGAGCUGGCCACAUUCUGUGUCCGGACGUUCUCUUUGCACAAGAAUGGCUCGAGCGAGAAGCGUGAGGUCCGCCAGUUCCAGUUCACGGCAUGGCCGGACCACGGGGUGCCCGAGUACCCAACGCCCUUCCUGGCUUUCCUGCGGAGGGUGAAGACGUGCAACCCACCGGACGCAGGCCCCGUCGUCGUGCACUGCAGCGCCGGCGUGGGCCGCACCGGCUGCUUCAUCGUCAUCGAUGCCAUGCUGGAGCGGAUCAAGCCGGAGAAAACGGUGGACGUGUACGGCCAUGUGACUCUCAUGCGGUCCCAGCGCAAUUACAUGGUGCAGACGGAGGACCAGUACAGCUUCAUCCACGAGGCCCUGCUGGAGGCCGUGGGCUGUGGCAACACGGAGGUGCCCGCCCGCAGCCUCUACGCCUACAUCCAGAAGCUGGCCCAGGUGGAGCCCGGCGAGCACGUCACCGGCAUGGAGCUUGAGUUCAAGCGCCUGGCCAACUCCAAAGCCCACACAUCCCGCUUCAUCAGUGCCAAUCUGCCUUGUAACAAGUUCAAGAACCGCCUGGUGAACAUCAUGCCCUACGAGAGCACACGGGUCUGUCUGCAGCCCAUCCGCGGGGUGGAGGGCUCCGACUACAUCAACGCCAGCUUCAUCGACGGCUACAGGCAGCAGAAGGCCUACAUCGCGACGCAGGGGCCGCUGGCGGAAACCACGGAGGACUUCUGGCGCAUGCUUUGGGAGAACAACUCUACCAUCGUGGUGAUGCUGACCAAGCUGCGCGAGAUGGGCCGGGAAAAGUGUCACCAGUACUGGCCGGCCGAGCGCUCCGCCCGCUACCAGUACUUCGUAGUGGAUCCGAUGGCGGAAUACAACAUGCCUCAGUAUAUCCUGCGGGAGUUCAAGGUCACAGACGCCCGGGAUGGCCAGUCCCGGACGGUCCGGCAGUUCCAGUUCACGGACUGGCCGGAGCAGGGCGUGCCAAAGUCGGGGGAGGGCUUCAUUGACUUCAUCGGCCAAGUGCACAAGACCAAGGAACAGUUCGGCCAGGACGGCCCCAUCUCUGUCCACUGCAGCGCCGGCGUGGGCAGGACGGGCGUCUUCAUCACGCUCAGCAUCGUGCUGGAGCGCAUGCGGUACGAGGGCGUGGUGGACAUCUUCCAGACGGUGAAGAUGCUGCGGACCCAGAGGCCAGCCAUGGUGCAGACGGAGGACGAGUACCAGUUCUGCUACCAGGCCGCGCUGGAGUACCUCGGAAGCUUUGACCACUAUGCAACCUAAAGCCAUGGUCGCCGCUGGCCAGACUCCACCGGCCCCGGAUGCCUCUGCCCCUGCCGGGCUGGGCCCUGGAAGCCUGGCCCCCCGGCGGCCAGGGCGGGAGGCGGCAGCGGCCACGUUUCUGCACGGUCUCCAGGGACGCCGCGGCCCCGAGCCCCCCGCGCGGCACCCAGCAGCCCCCUGGCACCGGCCGCCGCCUUCCGAUACUUGGCACAUUCCUCAUUUCCUUCCGAUUCCAAAUGAGAGAUUCUGGGGUGGGGGGGUGGGGGGCAGCGAGCAAACAGGGGUUCUCCCCGUAACCCGAGGAGGCCGGGGCCGUGCGCUUGAGCCCCCCCGGUCCUCUCCGGGGCGGGGGGAGCCCUCUCCGCCUGCAGCCUUGGGGGCGCCGGGCCCCGGGGGGGGGACGGGGUUGCGAAAUUCAGCUUUUCUUUUCAGACUCUGUGUAACUGUAUCCAGUGACAUUUCUUUUUUUAAAUAGUGUAUUUUUUUUCAUUUUUUUUUUUAAGAAGAAACAAACAGAAAAGGAAAAAAAAAAAAAGACUUCGCCAGUCAACAAAUUUAAAAAGAACUUUGCUUAUUCCUGUUCCGUUCACAGACAGUCUAUUUUUUCACCGUAGAGAACGCUCUUGUGCGGCGGCUGUGCUGGCAGGUGCGCGGGCGUGCGACCCGCCCCCCGGGGCCGCCUGAGCCCCCCCAUCUCCUGCCCCCCCGAGGAGGACGAUUGAACAAAGUAGAACGCCCUUGUGCACCUGAAUUCUUCCCUUUUUGCAUUUUUCUUUUUUUUUUUCUUUUUUAAUUCUGAAACAUAUCAAGGACCAGUGGGGGGGGGGCAGCGGCGAGUGGGGGGCUCCGGCCCACCAGCGUCAGGUUUAAAAUCCCAUGGGGUGGGUGCUGCCGCCGAGGCGAUGGCAGUGACCCCCGCCCCCAGCCCCGCCGCCACCGCGGCGCUCCCGCCCCCAUCUCCUGCGCCCCCGAGGAGGAGGAUCAAACAAGACAGGAGGUCCCACUUCUUCUGGGAGAGAGAGGCCAUGUUCUGCCCGGAUCAGGGACCCUUUCCCCCCGGGACCAUGGGGCAGUUUGGGGGCAGAAGCAGAAGGAUGGGAUCCCCCACCCCCAGACCCCCGAGCAAGUGAGUUUUUCCUCUUUGUACAAGAGCGGAUCUGCCGAUGCUUUCAACACUGUUUAUUCAAACGGAAGCAGCCGGGUGGCUUUCCCACCUCUGCGUAUGUAGAUAUAUCGACUUUGUAUUAAAGGAAGAUCGUCUGACCCCG